GCGGAGAAAGUUUGGCGGUCGCGUUGCAAUGGGCCGGAGGAAAGCACCAGGUACUGGAUCCCUUGGCCGGGCACUUAUCCGCCAUCAGACUCAGCGGAGCCGUAGCCACCGUCACACCGACUCCUGGUUGCACACAAGCGAACUCAACGAUGGCUAUGAUUGGGGUCGCCUUAAUCUUCAGUCAGUGACUGAGCAGAGCUCCCUUGAUGACUUCCUUGCUACUGCAGAACUUGCAGGAACAGAGUUCAUGGCUGAGAAGCUUAAUAUUAAGUUUGUGCCUCCUGAGGCUAAAACUGGACUGCUGUCUUGUGAGGAGAGCCAGCGAAUUAAGAAGCUCCAUGAAGAAAACAAACAGUUCUUGUGUAUCCCACGGAGACCAAAGUGGGACAAAAAUACUAGCCCCCAAGAACUCAAACAGGCAGAGAAAGAUAACUUUCUAGAAUGGAGACGUCAGCUUGUCCGGCUAGAAGAGGAACAAAAGCUGAUACUGACUCCAUUUGAAAGAAAUUUGGACUUUUGGCGCCAACUCUGGAGGGUGAUUGAGAGAAGUGAUAUCGUGGUCCAGAUAGUAGAUGCUCGAAACCCGCUCCUAUUUAGAUGUGAGGAUUUGGAAUGUUAUGUGAAAGAAAUUGAUGGCAAUAAGGAAAAUGUUAUUCUGAUAAAUAAGGCGGACUUGUUGACUUCCGAGCAGCGGAGUGCCUGGGCCGCAUACUUUGAAAAAGAAAAUGUGAAGGUUAUUUUCUGGUCGGCUUUGGCUGAAGCCCUUCCACUGAUUGCUGACUCUAAGGAACAAUCGAAUGGAGAUGCUGACGAAGCCAACAGAACUGACUUUGAAAACUGUAGUCGUGAUGAGGCUGAAAUUCCACAUAGUGAGACUAGCCACAUCCUAGACAAGGACUGUCUCUCACUCAGGGAAGUUGUCACUAGUGAUGAAGAGGAGAGUGAGUAUGAGGACUGCCAAGAGGAGGAGGACGAAGAUUGGCAGACGUGUUCAGAAGAGGACAGUAACCCUAAUGAAGAAGCCUGUAGCCAGAACUGGAAGGAAAGCCAUGCUGUGGACUCCGAGGCCCAAAGCAUGAAAACCCCACAGAAGAGGCAAACACGCAAUUUUAGCCACCUGGUAUCAAAGCAGGAAUUACUGGAGAUCUUGAAGCAGCUGCAUACUGGGAAGAAGGUGAAGGAUCAGCACCUUACUGUUGGACUGGUGGGCUACCCAAAUGUCGGUAAGAGUUCAACAAUCAACACUAUCAUGGGCAACAAGAAAGUAUCUGUGUCUGCCACACCUGGUCACACCAAGCAUUUUCAGACUCUCUUUGUGGAACCUGGCCUCUGCUUAUGUGACUGCCCAGGCCUGGUGAUGCCAUCCUUUGUCUCUACCAAGGCUGAGAUGAUUUGCAGUGGAAUCCUCCCAAUCGACCAGAUGAGAGAUCACGUCCCACCUACAUCACUAAUUUGCCAGAAUAUUCCAAGACAUGUUUUAGAAGCUACCUACGGCAUUAAUAUCAUAAAGCCUAGAGAGGAUGAAGAUCCCCAUCGGCCUCCAACAUCGGAAGAGCUGCUGACAGCUUAUGGAUAUAUGCGAGGAUUCAUGACCGCGCACGGGCAGCCAGACCAGCCUCGCUCUGCACGCUACAUUCUGAAGGAUUAUGUCAACGGUAAACUUCUGUAUUGUCAUCCUCCCCCGGGAAGAGAUCCUGUGACCUUUCAAUACCAACACCAGCGACUACUAGAGAACAAAUGGAAUGGUGAUGAAGUAAAAAUACGGCUGGCUGGAAAUAAGAAAGCAGAACAGAUUGAAAAUGUUGUUGAUAAAAGUUUUUUCCAUCAAGAAAAUGUGAGAGCUUUGACCAGAGGAGUCCAGGCUGUGAUGGGCUACAAGCCUGGAAGUGGCCUGGUGACUGCAGCCACAGUGAGCUCAGAGAGCAGAGCUGGGAAGCCCUGGAAAAAACAUGGCAACAGAAAUAAAAAAGAGAAAAGUCGUAGACUCUACAAGCACCUGGAUACAUGAACACAACAAAAAUUGUGUUCUGCAUUGUGCAUCUGGAAAAGAACGGCAGCUUCUUCUUGCCUGUGGUGCUGCAGAAUGGACCGAGCUCCUGGGAGCGCCAGCUCUGACCACUGCAGACAUCGGGGCGCCCUGGAAGCCUCCCCUAUUGAAGGCUGGAUUU